GGGAUUGAUGUUGAAGAAGUUGCUCAUAAUCUAGAAAAUAGAGGUCAUAGAAUAGAUGAUAGGCCUCUUAAACGUGACAACAAUUGGGACCAUGGCCUCAAGAUUGAUGUAGAUGAGUUUGAAGGUCGUCUACAACCUAAGGAGUUCUUCAAUUGG